UUACACAUCUUCUUAAAAGUGUCCUUUAGCUUCACACACUCUAUCUCUCCGUCUUAAUCGCCAAGCCUUUGAGAAUCUGAAUUCUUGUCCGUGCCAAAUCGAUGCCGCUUUUGUAGCUCCUGAUUCAGACAUCAAAACUUCAGGUUAUGAUUAGAAAUUUCAUUAUAAAAUAACUGAGAUCGGCUUGGAAGUUGAAGAUGAUUAGAAUGAAAGCUAAUGUUCAUGGCUGUCCUUUGAUCAGAAUUGGGUUUAGCUGCUAAUGGAUUUCCUUAAACAGAAUGGUUAUUGUCCUAUUAAGUCCCCAAAUCUGUCAGGGGCCAUAUUUGAGUCGAUCACCUUUCGGGAAUUCUAGUAAUUAGAGAGAAACCAUUUUUUGGGCUGAGAAUCUUGUGGUAAUUAGCAUAGAUAUAGUUUUUGGUAAGUAUACUUCACAUAUAUAUAGUAGUCCAUUGACUCAAUUCUUAUAAAAUUCAAGAUUUUUGGCUUUCUAGGUGAGUCAAAUGAAUUUCUCAAAUGGCCGGACCUGUGGCCAGUUAGCAUAAAAGCAGCUUCAGAAUACUGAAAUGUUUUGAAUUGGGUUGGUUGGAUUGAAUUGUAAUUUUAUGCGAGUAUUGUUUGGCAUGUACUUUACUAGGUUGAAUUUAUUGUGGUUUGAUUUUUUUUGUUUAGUACCUAAAAGAAAAAACUCCUUUUUUUAAUUAAUAGUAUUUAAUUAAAAAGCACAAAAAAGGUGGUGAAACCCCUAAAAAAACAAAAAAGAAGUAAAAUACCAGAAAAACUAUCAAAAGUUCAAUGAAUCCAAGAGGUCUAAUAAGCAGUUCCCAGAAGAGAAAAGAUUGGAAGUCGAAGGCAACAUGGACAUAAGCCUUGUUGGCCCUGUUUCAAUAAUAAUUUGAUUUUUGUGAAUCCGAAAAUUUAUGUUGCAUUAGUGAAUGCACCUUCUUAGGGAUUUUAUAUUUAAGUUGUUUUAUGUGUGUAAGUUAUUUGGAACCUCUAUUUUUUUUUUCUCUGAUAAGUUCUUUGGAACCUCUUUGAGGUGGGACUAAUAGUUUCUUGAGUUACAUGAGUGUUAGGUUAUCCUUGGUUAUGGGACAAAAGUAAAAAGUUUUGAUUCUUAGAAUAGGUGUUCAGAGCACCCAAGUUUGAGGUUUUCUGGGUUUAGGCUUUUGUUUUAUGGUAUGCUUUGAACUCAGCCAAUAGGAUUGGCAUUAAUAUGCCGGUCAUGUUUGUAUUAAUAUUGGGUCAAUUUUAGUUAGUGCGUUUUAAUGUCAGGUUUAGGAUUGGUAUUAAAUUUCCUUUCACUAAUCUAGUUUGGGUGGUGGCAUGUAUUUUCAAAUUUGUCUCUCAAAGAAUUUCAAAGUCUCAGCAAUGUGUAGGAGGUGUAAAAUUUACUUAUUAAAAAAAAAAAAAUUAAAAUAAUGAGCUCUGAAGCUUUCUUUAUUCUGUGACAGAACAGAAGAAAUCUUGUACAGAAAUUUACUUUUAGUUUUUUCCCCCCUUUAAUUGUACUUCUGUAAUCAAGCUUCGUAUGAAUAUUUGUCAAAAUUCCAAAAAAUGUGUUUAACUUUUUGUAGGUCUCAUUCUAGUCUAUUAGAUUUAGAUAUUUCUUGAGUAGGCUCUAUUUUAGUCAUACUAAUUAAUUUUGUUUAUGGAUUGCUUUUUUAUGCUGAUAAAAUCUUGUAGUGUUAAAAAUGAGUUCACGAUAUCCAGAAGGGGAAAAAAAUUAUAAUUUUUUCCCUUAUGGAUAAACGGACAAAAUAAUAGUUGAUUUACGGUAAAAUGUAUAGUAUUUUUUGGCCAUGGCUACAUAGUCUCUUUUUACUUCUGCUUCUUGAAUUUUUUUUUUUUGUUUUUUUUUCUUUUUCACUAUCUUAUUUUUAUUAUCUCUCUUCCCACUGCACCAUCAAACUUCCUUUACACCUUAAUUCUACUUUUGAACCCUUGGUCUAAAAGUCCCCAACUACCCUUAGUCUAAUCUAACACAAACCUCUCUCUCUUUUCAAGACAACCCAUAAUGUUAUUUGUUCAAAAAAGAUGUUUUUUCUGUUUUUUUUUCCCUCUCCCCAUUGGUAUUCACUGGGUUACCAUCCAUCAUAAGGAUUGCUACCCUUUGUUUCAAACUGUUUUAAGUGUUUCUGUACUAAUUUGGUAUUUGAUGUGCGCUAAUCCAAUUGGAAACAAGUGGCUUGUUGCCAAUCCUCAUUUGCCAGCAUUUUUAUUUCAUAUUUUUCCUCUUUUGGCAUGGCCACAUUUUAAAAGUUUUUUACAGAUCAUAUUGACAUGUGACACAUGAUCUGCCAUUGUGAACUUGUGAAAUCCUAAAGGUGAAAAUUGUUCCUUUACAUGUAUUCUAUUUGAGAGAGGCAUAUAUUGAGUUGUGCUGCUUGUGAAUGUUGCUUCUUAUGAUGCACGUAACUUGUCUAUUGUUAUUUUGCAGAUUCAUAAUCAUGAAUGACAAAGAGGUUCUGAAAUAUGAAGAUAUUGUUUUGAGAGUGUCGGAUUUGGAUAUUCUGGAAGGACCCUGUUAUCUCAAUGAUCAAAUAAUUGCAUUCUACUUUGGUUAUCUGUCUUCCUCAUGUGACUCGCAUGAUAUCCUUCUUGUUCCACCUUCGGUGUCUUUCUGGCUUGCUAAUUGCAAAGAGGAGGCUCUCAAAGAUAUCAUAGAGCCCCUCAAAUUAUCAAGCAAGAAAUUGGUUCUAUUCACUGUGAACGACAAUGAUGAUCUGAGUGGUGGUGAUAGUGGUACACAUUGGAGUUUGCUUGUUUAUGAUAGGAGUAGCAAUACAUUUUCACAUCAUGACAGCAUGGAGGGAGUAAAUAAUUCUCAUGCUAUGAAGCUUUACGAGGCUGUCAAGGGAUUUAUGGGACCAACUGCCAAACCAAACACAGCAUCAUCAUCUACACCCAAAGGUAGAAUGAAGAAAAAGAAAGAUGUGGGUGCAACUGCCAAAGCUGUGGCAGUUGCUGAUGCUGAACCUUCCUUUACAGAAUGUGAUACACCACAACAAACGAAUGGAUAUGACUGUGGACUUUAUGUCAUUGCCAUUGCCAAAGUAAUUUGUCAAUGGCAUUCAAGUAAAAAGAAGGGCAAGGAAAGCAACUGGAUUUCUGCUAUAGAGAGGCAAGUUGAUGCAUCUUUAGAGAUGACAAUGAGAGAUGAGCUACUAAAGCUCAUUGAAAAUUUAAGGAAGGAGGAUUGAGGCAAGCAUAUGAAAGAUACUUGUUAAAGGGAAAGAUUUCUGAACAAACAAGUACAGAGCUUUGGACUUAACCACAUGCAUGUAUAGAUACUGCAUUGAAAGCAAAUUCUGUUACCAUCAUGAAAACUUGUCCAUAUAUAUUUUUUUCUCUCCUUUCAUACCUGUAACAGCAUUGCAGUGUACAGUUAGAAGCACUCUACCAUGUUACAAUUUUAACAAAAAGUGAUAAAUGUGAUUUACACACAAUUGUUUUUA